UAGUUUCUUGAAUCCAAAGCCAUGUGCUUGUAAUGGGAAACCUCCUGGAAAGAGCUUAAUUUCUGAGAAUUUAUUUAACAUAUUGUGUUUAUAUAACAAGUAACACAUAAUCCUUUUUGAUGCACAAGCUAAAAAAAGAUCAAUAAAAUUUUCCCAAAGCUUUUUGCAAGAACAAGAAAUCAAGAAAACGUAUCAGACGAAUGGCUAUUUUGAAAAGUUUCUUGGGCAGUAAGCAAAUAGUGCGGAGGGAAUCAUCUUCAACAAUACCAAGAGGAUUCACGGCAGUUUAUGUAGGAGAGAAUGAUGAGAAGAAGAAGAGAUACGUUGUGCCAGUUUCAUACUUGAACCAACCUUUGUUUCAAGACUUGUUGAGUAAAUCAGAGGAAGAGUUUGGAUUUGAUCAUCCUAUUGCCGGCUUAACCAUCCCAUGCCAUGAGUCUUUGUUCUUCACCGUCACAUCUCAGAUUCGAUAAAUUUCAACAACGUUCCAUUUUUUUUUGUUUAUAUAAAGUGUUAUUUCAAUAUGUAUACACAAUGUAGAUAUGAGAACUUGCUACUUAUUUUUUUCCUGGAAAUAAUUGUAAACUAGAUACGAACCCGCACUAUGUGCGGAUAUUUUUUUCUUAAAUCCUUGUGAAAAUUUUAAAUCUAUAUUAUACGAU